AUGUGUCUAGCCACAAUGUUAAUAGCACUGAAGGCUAAUCUUGACCCAACGGUCCUCGUAAACCUUGGCAUGGGUUUAUUGGUCUUGAUAUUAGCUUUCGUCGGAGCAUGCUGCCGUCAAGUAUACAUAAAGCAUGCAGCUAAGGAACCAUUACUUCUUACUGUUGAGCCCAAGAGCGUCAAGUUCAUAAAAACGGAAGUAGAGACAGAAAAGCGCUUCAAUGAAUCUCAGAAUCGCAAAAGUCCCCGGGAUAUCUGGCUAUACAGAGGUCAAAGAACCAUCAUAUUCUUGGGUUGCAUGUUAGAUGAUGUAACUUACUCAAUGACAAUGUGGGCUUCAAAGAAAAAGAAGAAGAAAACACGAGCCUAUUUUCAAGCCUGGAAUGCUCGAAUCAUUGUGUCGGAGUUGCACGCAAACUUUCACAUUUGCGAAGGAUGGAUGCUGUAA